UGCCUGCGCCAUGUUGGACAAGACCUAGCAGAGGAGGAACACCAUCCAUCGGGGCUAAUCGUUCCAUCAUUUAAGAUCGCCAGCCAACACCAUGGCAGAUUCGGAGAAGCAGCCUGAACAACAAGAGGCUGUUAAGGAAAAAGAACUUAUUGCCACCAAGGUCACUGGCACCGUCAAAUGGUUCAACGUCAAGAGUGGCUAUGGUUUCAUCAACAGGAAUGACACCAAGGAGGACGUGUUCGUCCACCAGAGCGCCAUCACCCGCAACAACCCGCGCAAGCUGGUGCGCAGCGUGGGCGACGGCGAGAUCGUCGAGUUCGACGUCGUGGUCGGCGAGAAGGGCAACGAGGCGGCCAACGUGACGGGCCCGUCCGGCGAGCCGGUGCAGGGCAGCAAGUACGCGGCCGACCGGCGCCGUCGCUUCCGACGCUACUUCUACGAUGAUGGCGAAGAAGGCCAGGAAUACCACGACGACGAGGAGGAGGAGCUGGAUGACGGCGACGGCGACCGCGAGGGUGGCGGCGACGGCGCGCGCGGCCGGGGACGCGGCCGGGGCCGCGGCCGCGGCUACCGUCGCUUCCCGCGCUACUUCCGCCGGCGGCGCGACGACGAGGUCGACGAGGAGGAGCCGCUCGAGGGCGACGAGGAGCCGGCGCCGCGGCCACGCGGCCGCGGUCGCGGCCGACCGCGCGGCUACGGCUACCGCGGCGGACGCGGCGGCUACCGGCGCCGCGAGAACGGCGACCCGGCCGAGAACGGCGACUACGAUGAGGGAGAGGAGGGCGAGGACCGGCCGCGCGGUCGCGGCGGCUACCGGGGCCGCGUGCGGGGCCGAGGCCGCGGCGGCCGCGGCCGGGGACGCGGCGUUGGCCGCGGCCGCGGCGCGCCCCGCUCCGGCUCGCGCGACGACGGUGGCAAGGGAGAAGGGGAUUCCCAGGAGAAUGGAGCUGCCGAGGUUAAGUCUCCUGUCCCGGAGACGUCGCCCAAGAAGGAGACUCCGCCACAGGUCAGUCAGGCGGACGCCCAGCCGGUGGAGAACACCACCUCCGAGAGCCAGGCGUAGACGGGCUCCGCGCCGCCGCCGCCGCCGCCCGCCCGCCCGCCCAGCCAUCGUCCGAUUAGCCCUGUUCCGAGUGGCGGUGCGGCAGCGGCCGGCGCCCCGGCCAGCCAGCCCCGGCCCUGGCCCGGCCCCGUGUGUAGAUACCAGCCGAGCGCGGCGCCGCACCUUGCGGGCGGCAGCCAGACGCCAGCGACGCCACCUUUCCUUUUAUUGAGUAAUGAUAAACUGCUUGAUUAAACAAAUCAGAAUGGCACUGUUCAGAAGGAAAUGCGAGCGCCUCGGUCGCUCUGGUGGCGGCCGUUUUCAGCGUGCCUUUGCUAGCGCCAUCGUACCAGGAUCGGGGGGCGCGCGCGCCGGCGGCCAGCCGACCAUCUGUCACCAAACGGCGCCGGCGCGCCGCCCCCGGCCAUUCUGAUUUGAGAGUGAGACUUUCCAUAGUGGCCAGGUGCCGGGACCUCCGUGUGGGGACGCCGUCGCGCUGGCCGCCGUCCGAGGCGGCUCCGGCCGCCUGUGCGGGCGGCCCGCUAGCCUUACUGCGGUCAGCGGCGACUGGCGUCCCUGCCGGCUGGUCCCGCGCGCCCGCGCGCCACCACCACCGCCGUCUAGCCAUCCGAGCCGCGGCCCAGCGCGCCCGGCCGCCCGGGCCCACCUUGCAUGCCGUUUGUUGCUAAUGAGUCGGAGCGUACGUGCACAUGUUGCGGGACAUCACCGUGUCACCAUCCCCGGAGAGUGCGCCGCCGGCCAGCGACCAGCGGCCGGCCGGCGGCGCCCGGGGGCCCGCCCGGGUCCCCCACUGACGAGGGGCCGGCCGCCGGCACAGCCACGGCCGGCCCCGCCCUGUACUGGUCAUAAUACAAUGCGAGUACAAAACUGAGUAAUUUCAAGUUUUGGCCAGUGCAAAAAACUGUUUCUGUUAUCUUCUUUUGUUUUGAUGAGAAUCGGCCUACUAGAGCUGCUGCCUCGGUGUUGACUUUUGUACUUUGUUACGAGUUUUGACGCCAAAAAGAAUUGUGAGUUUCAAAACAUGUGCAUUUCAAUAAACUUCUCAUUGA